AUGUCUUCCACCACUGAGGGGCAGGUCAUGGCUCCCCAUAAGACCUACGAUACCAUCCUUGUGCUUGAUUUUGGCUCACAAUACACUCAUCUCAUUACCAGGCGACUUCGAGAGUUGAACGUUCUGGCCGAGCUUCUUCCUUGCACGACCAAGAUUGCCGAUCUUGACUUUAAGCCGAAGGGCAUUAUCUUAAGUGGCGGUCCUUUCUCUGUUUAUGAGGAGGGUGCUCCCCAUGCCGACCCCGCCAUCUUUGAGGAGUCGUACGGAGUUCCUAUCCUCGGUAUCUGCUAUGGCCUUCAGGAGAUUGCCUGGAGACUGUCUCCCGAGAACGUCAUCGCCGGCACUGAGCGCGAGUACGGCCACGCUGACCUGACCCCUGACCGUCACGGCGGCGAUGUCGACCGCCUCUUCGACGGCAUCGAGGGCAGCAUGCAGGUGUACAUGUCUCACGGCGAUCGCCUGAGCCAGCUCCCGCAGGGCUUCUGCACCAUCGCCACGACGCGCAACUCGCCCUUCGCGGCCAUCGCCCACAAGGAGAAGGCCAUCUACGGCAUCCAGGCCCACCCCGAAGUCAGCCACACCCCCAGGGGCAUCGAGCUGCUGAAGAACUUUGCCGUCAACAUUUGCGGCGCGCGGCAGCACUGGUCCAUGAGCAGCUUCUGCGACCAGGAGAUUGCUCGCAUCCGUGCGCUUGUCGGCCCUACGGCCCAGGUCAUUGGUGCUGUCUCUGGCGGCGUCGACUCGACUGUUGCUGCUAAGCUGAUGACCGAAGCCAUUGGCGACCGGUUCCACGCUGUGCUGGUUGACAACGGCCUGAUGCGUCUCAACGAGUGCCAGCAGGUCAAGGAGACCCUCACUGAGCACCUGGGUAUCUCACUGACGGUUGUUGACGGGAGCAAGCGCUUCCUCGACGCCCUUAAGGGUGUUGAGGAGCCGGAGAGGAAGCGCAAGAUCAUCGGUGGUCUGUUCAUCGACAUCUUUGAGGAGGAGGCUAUCCGAAUUGAGAAGGAGGCCGAGCAUACGCCGAAUGCUGGCAAGGUUGUCUGGUUCGUCCAGGGCACUCUCUACCCUGAUGUUAUUGAGUCUAUCAGCUUCAAGGGCCCCUCGGCAACCAUCAAGACCCACCACAAUGUUGGCGGACUCCCCGAGCGCAUGAUGAACGGUCAGGGCCUCCGACUCAUCGAGCCGCUUCGCGAGCUGUUCAAGGAUGAGGUGCGCGAGCUCGGACGACAGCUGGGUGUCCACCGCGACCUGGUAAUGCGCCACCCCUUCCCUGGCCCCGGUAUCGGCGUUCGCAUCAUUGGCGAGUGCACGCCGGAGCGCGUCAGGAUUGCCCGCGAGGCCGACCACAUCUACAUCAACAUGAUCCGGGAGGCCGGCCUGUACGAUGAGAUCAGCCAGGCCUACGCAGGCUUGGACACGAACCAGGCUGUGGGCGUUAUGGGUGACAAACGUUACAUGGGCUACAUUGUCAUUCUCCGUGCCGUCGUGACCACCGACUUCAUGACUGCCGAGGCCUACCCCUUCGACAUGAAGUUCCUAAACAAGGUGGCGGUGAGGAUUGUGAACGAGGUCGAGGGCAUCAGCCUGGUGACCUACAACGUGACCAGCAAGCCUCCCGGAACCAUCGAGCUGCAGUAG